CGCCCCUUUGUUAUUCAACAUGGCAGUGUCCCGAUUACCAGCAGCAGCUCUGAGCCUCAAACAGUUUUUGCAGAGACAGAAGGUUCUGGGGGUUUACAGAGAUCUGCUCCGAACCAUCCGCAAAAUACCGGCCGAGUCUGACCGCAGAUAUUUAAGAGAUUGGGCCAGAGAAGAGUUCAAGAGGAACAAGAGUGAAACGGACCAGGAUGUGAUUCGCAUGAUGAUCACUCAAGCGCACAAUCAUCUGGAGGAUCUGAGAAAAUCUCUGGCGUUGGCUGGAUGCUGAACGUCGACGGAUCCCGCUGGCGUCCAAUUCAGAGUUUAUCUGGAAAUCAAACUGAAACGUUCACCAUUUAUUAAAAGGAUGGUUCAGACAGAAAUGAAUAUUCUGUCAUCAGUUACUCGCCCUCAUGUCAUUCCAGACACUUAAGACUUUCACUCAUCUGACUUUUGAUUCAUCGAAGUACAAAGAUGUUUGUAAUAAUCUCCUUUUUUCCCUAUUAGAAGUACACUCAUCCAAAACAUUCACUCUUUAACAAGUAUGAAACGACUUCUAUAUGAAUCGGGUGGUUCAUAAUCUUCUGAAGAGGCACGAUCCACUUUAUAUGAUGAACAGAUUUAAUUUAGGCUUUCAUUUGCAUAUAAACAUUGAUCAACUCGCAAACAUAGAGGGCAUGAAAUAUGGUGAACGCAAAAACUAAUAUCUCGUUGUACUCCAGAACAAACCUCACUGGUUUUCGUGCAUUAAUAAAGCAAUUUGAGCUUUCGCUUACUGUAUUUGUUGUGCUUUAUGUAUGUGUGUUGAUCAGUGUUUAUAUGGCAAUAAAAGCAUAAAUUGAAUCUGUUUAAGAACGUAUAAAGGCACUGUGUGUGUUCAGAAAACGUUGUCUUGUCUGUAUUAAUGUUUUAAAGUGUCAGUGUUAUGGGUGUCAUUAAAAUAUCUUAAUUUGUGUUUUUGAAGAUGAACAAAAGUCUUGUGAGUUUGGAACGACACGAGUGACUAACUGAUGACAAUUAUCAUUUUUGGGUGAACUGAAAAAAAGUACACUAUAAUGUGAAAGGAUGUGGCAUUUUGUGUAUAUAAAUGUAUAAUAUUUGAGUGCUCAUUCUUUUACUUUGCCAAAUAUUAAUAAAAA